AUAACGGGUGAAACAAAAACAACUGGAUCGCCAACCCGUAGCUUCGUCCAGCAACUAGGCAUUUGUAUUAACAUUUAUUUGAUCAAUUCUGACUUUUACAGGUUAAUAUAAAUGUAGUUUAUAGCCCACCCUGAAAAUGUGAGUCACAUCCUCUCUGUUUUUCAGGCACUGGGUACCAAAACAAUCAACAUGUGCUUUUGAUGUAUCAUAAUAAAUCUGCGGUAGUCAGAUCGUCAAAUCAAAUGGGAUUUUGCGUUCACUUGUCAGUAAACUUGUGGACGGUUUAGUUCUAUCCAACAAAUACGUGAUAAACCCGAAUCAGAACUUGUAUUGUGACGCAAUAAGAAGCUUUUAUUCUGCGUUCUGGUUUCAUGUCCUUGCUCUUAUUUUUGACAUUAUCUGCCCAGAUUUUGAUAUUUGCCUCUACGAUCAACAUCCUACGAAUUGUUCCAGCCUUGGAUUUUCCGACGUGUAGGCUUCAUCUGUUCAUGCUCCAGCAGAACCAGCCAGCCCAAUUACCAACAUGGCUGUAAAUGUUUCUUACGUAUACAUUUUUAUUUUAUGUAUUCAUAAUUUCAUAUCCAAAGCCGCAGUCGAAGGGAGAUUCUCCGACUUCAAAAGCUGUGCAGACGAGGAAUGCAGUAUGCUCUUGUGCCGGGGGAAAGCUUUUAGCGAUUUCACCGGACCAGACUGUCGGUUUCUGCCAUUUAAAAAAGGAGAGACUAUAUAUGUCUACUAUAAACGCUCAAGCCAAAGGACAAAUAUAUGGGCAGGGAGUGUUGGUAACCGCUUUGGUUACUUCAAUAAGGACCAACUCGUAAUGAAUCACAUAUACACUGAAAAAGAAUUGGAGAUUCCUGCUGAGGAAACCGACUUUGUUUGCUUUGACACUGGACACGAUAAGUUUGACAGUUAUGACAUUGAUUCACUGUUAGGUUCCUCUUUAUUGUUAACAGACGAGGAGGAAUCUUUGCAAGUAACCACAGAGACUUUUUACCUAAACAAAAGUGCUGAGAGCACCAUGGUGGAAGUGGAUGAGCCUCCACCUGAAGUGACAUUGUUAGAAAAUGAUGAGAUUGAUAGGGAUGUUCCUGAGGACAUUGAUAAGGUUGUAGAGGUUCUAGAUAAUGAUGAUCUGAGACAUUUUGAGGCUUUAGAGUCCUCUCUGCCUCACCCUGAAACUCUUGACACAAAGGGAGUGGAAUAUAACACUGUACUUGAGACCACAGCUGAGAGGAUCAAAGAUUACCUUCAGAAAGAUCAGCAGAGGACAGAGGACUCUGUGCCGUACAGUGUUGUUGAACCAGAGGAAGGUGAGAUCAAAGAAACCCCCUCAGAACCUCUAUCCAAAGAUGAUCCUGAGUUAGAAAAUGCACCUGAUGGUUUUUCAGAAGGCAGACCUAUUCCGGAGUUAAAAAACACACUUGGAAUAACUUUUGAUGCUGUCACUUCCAAUGAUGAGGAAAGUGACAAGACUGAAUAUCAGCAGGAUGAGGAAAGUGAUUAUCAUCUCAGGGAAACUCCAUUGCUGGCUUUUUCUGAAGAAAGUUCUAAUUUGGAACACGAGAACAUUCUGGAAUCUGAUCAUACAGAUGAGGAAGACAGUCUAUCAGAGGUACCUCAUACACAGAAACAGGACUCCAAGGACAAUAACCUGUGGUCUGCAUUUGGUGAUACAGUUUUUAACGUUGUCAGUGGUGGGGAAAGAAUAGCUCAUGUUGCCAGUUCAGAGGAAAAUGAGGAGGAUGACGAAGGUGAGAUUACACCAGAGCAGCCUCCCAAAAUUGAAGAACCCAAGGAGUCAUUUGGCUGUUCUACUUCCUCUGAGCUAAUCUUUGAGCAACCUGCGGACUCUAAUUUCAGUGAGGAUGCUGUCAAAGUACCCGAUGAGGAUUCUCAGAUGUUGCAGUUUGAGGAUGAAUCUGAAGAAGCUGACAUUGAACCUUCAACACCUCCUGCUUAUGAGGCAGGACACACUGAGGCUUUAGCAGAGAAUCUUACAGUAGAUGACAGCCCAGUCCCUAAACAGCUCUCACAGACAGACAUGCUCUCAGACUUUGAUAGUAAAAUUAACGAAUUAGAGCAGAAACAAGCUGUUGAAGAACUCCCCAUACAAAAAGAGGAGUCAAUAGAUUUCUCACAAGUAGAGAAUACAUUUAAACAGGGUGGUACAGAGCUUUUUAGACUAUUGCGAGAACCAUACCAGAAGAUCCCAGAUCCAAGUAAAAACACAAUGGUGAAAGAGAGCCAUCUUGAACUCCCCAUAGAGGAGGAUGAUUCAAUACACCUAGUGGGGGAAGAGAUUGAGGAAGAGUUGCUAGAGGAUGAAAAUGCGGUAUUGUCUUCAUCCAAAACUGAGCACACUGAUGAAAAUGACACAGAAAGUCUAUCUGAAUUUGGGUCAGAGCAACCCAAUAAUUAUACACAAACCGAUGUUGUAUCCAGUGAUGUGUUGGAUGUGGUCCAACACGACGAGGCUAUUGACAUAGAACCUGAGGUGCAUGAGACUGAAAAUGAUGCUGAAAGCCACACACCCUCACUUAAAGAUACAGUUCUGGAUCCCCUUCCAAACAAGGAGACGGAAUACAGUGACAAUGUGUUGAGGCUGACACUAUUGCGAGACCACUUCAAGGAGGAGGAUAUGGAGCGCCUCCAAAAGAUUCUAGGUCUUCAGAAUCUCUUUAGGGUGGAGUUCCUGUUUUCUGACCUGGAGCUGAAGGCUGCCUGGCUGUCCCAGACAAACACCAGUAAGGACAUUGAAAAGGUGCUGGAAGCCAUUUUGGAAGCCUCUGAAACCCCAAUCCUGGAUGAGAUUGAGAGGAUGCUGGAUGCCCAGGAGAACGCUGACCUGCAGCAGGAGGCUGGUGAGUUUGUUGAGGAAGCUUCCAUCUUGGACGACUUCCAGGAAUUGGUGUUCACCCUGAGUCAGAAGUACUCAACGGCCAGAAACAGUGCUCCCAUGGCAGUGGGCAGUCAACUACACCCUGACACAGAUGUGGAUAUGUCUGAUGAUGCGGAGGAAGAGAAGACAUUCCCGCAGUCUGUGGAGGACAUAGACAAGGACAACCUCACUGUGACAGAGAUGGGUGAAGAGACUAAGGCACCUGAGAAGCCUGCCCAUGAUGGUCACAAGAUAUCAUAUAUGGGCAUUGAGGAGGAUAGUGGGUACUUGAACAGAAACAAAGACAAUCAGGCAAGCUCUAAAACUCCAGAAGAAAUCCAGAGGGGCCCUGAAACUAUUUUGGAAAAUACCUUGGACAUGGGACUUAGCGUAGACAUGGAUCACCCUCCCUCAGGAUCUCUGGAGUCACCUCCUGUCACUGAUUUCCAUGAAGAUGAGCAGAGUGGUUCAUCAUUCGUAUCAGUGCUAAUUUUAUCUGGUCGUCUCAUCACCCUGUUUUAUGAGUAUCUUGGAAUAUAUGGUGUUAUGAUGGUCACCAGCCUGCCAGAGCACUGGAAGUCAGGUCCAGACUUCUACAGCGUGUUCUGUGAACCCGUGCUGGUCACUGCAGGUGCCGGGGUCAUCGGCUUCCUCUUCUGGAGGAGCAUUCUAUCUGUCAAAAGCAAGUCAUAUCUAACUACUGAAAAAGAGCUGGUGGACAGGAUGAAAAUGCUUGAACAAGAGAAGAAGGAGAUACUCCAAAAGGUCGCUGAACUGCAGCAACGGGGCGAAGAACUUAAAGAAAAUCAAAAGCUGCCUGAAAAAUCUGCCACUUUAUCUCUGGAGAAGAUCCAGGAUUUGGAGAAUAUUGUGCAAGAGAUGGAGAGACAAAAUGAGCGCCUGGAUGAGGAAAAUCACUUACUCGCCAUAUCCUUUGACAAAGAGCGGGCCAACACUGCGAAACAUGAAGAUAUGAUGUCCGAAAUGGACAAAACCAUUGAGAAGUUGAAGCACAGCAAGAAGACCCAGGACGCACUCUCCAAGUCUACCAUUCUGAUGGAUGAAGUCAAGCUCCGUGAAGAUGCCCGGAAUGUCCAGCACCAGGUUCUGGAGAAGGAUAUUGCCACCCUGAAGGAGGAGAACCUCUCGCUGCACCAUGCUGCCAAGUUGUGGGAGGAGAAGCACAGGGAGACAAGAGAGCGGAUCAAAGUCUACUACAAGUCUCAGAAAGACCUGGAGGAUUCCCUCGUUCAAAAGGACCACAACGUUGAGGUUCUGUCUGACCUGCUAGGAGACCUGGAGGCCUGCGAUGACCUGAAAGGUGGAGUUGUGGCUAACGGGGAAGCCUUUAACGACAAGCAGACCAUCAUCCAAAACCGCGUUAAGCAAAUGAUGGUCGUCUCUCGGAACUUUCCACAGGUCCAGACCACUCUGUCUGUUGUGGAGGAAGAGCGUGAUCGCUUCAUGACCAAGCUGCUGAACGAAGAGAAGUCCAGGAAAGAGCUGGAAGAGCAAUUUCAGAAGCUGGAGCAUGACAUCUUGUUGGUGAAAAGUGACAAGAACCACCUGGAGAACCAGUACAAGACCCUGCAGCAGAAGAAUGACAUCAUGACUGAGAUGUACCAGCAGAAGGAGAACGCUUUGCAGCAGAAGCUGACCAAGGAGGAGUUUGAGCGCCCCAACAAGGAAGACCGGCUGACGAAGGUGGACAGCAAGGCCCUAGAGGAGGAGGUCAAGGUGUGUAGGAAGCGCGUUAAAGAGAUCCAGGAUAAGCUGAAACGGACCGAGAAGUCCUACAAAGCCCAGAUCAUUAAGCAGGAGCAGAAAUCUCACGAGAACUGGGCGAUUGCACGCGCCGCAGAGCGAGCUAUGUUCAACGAGAAGAAGGAAAACAUUCACCUUCAUAACUUACUGACUUCCAUGUCCAGCAAGCUGAAUGAGCUCCGUAGGCCUCUGUUCAAGCCCACCCUUGGGAUGGCUCCCAUGCCUCUCCGACGAGGACCACGACCUCGCGGCCGUUACCCUCCUGACCACAAACACCCAGUGGCUUCUAGACCUGACACCAUGGCCCCAAGUACAUCCUCACCAAGCGAUCUGGGCAGCUCGAACACUCGACCUCAGGGUCCUGGCUCCCUGCUGGUCUCUCCCAUCAGGCCCCCCCCCGACUCAAGACCCGGCCCCCUCAGACCAGUCAUCAGCCAUCCCUCCGGACUCUGCUACCGUCCCAUUCCCGGACGCCACCACAUCCCUCCUCCCCCACCCUUCAUGCCUCCCGUGUACCGACCAGACAACGGACACUCAGGCAUGAUGCCUCCUGGACCCCCACCGCCUAACGGACACCCGUUGAUACCACCCGGACAUCGGCGUCCAACUCCUGGUGCUUACAGUCCCCCUUCCCCACACAACCGGUACCUUCCUCCACCUUCUCACUAUGAACCGGUGCCUCCCCCAUUCGGUGUUUCCGGCAGCACUCCUAUGGCCCGACCCAUGGGACCCCCACAUACCUACGUGCACUAUGGACCACUUGAUCACUCCAUCCUGCCCCCUGGGGUGGCCCCAUACCCUCAUGUUGGCCCCAGAGACUUCCCUAUGCAGCCACAGGUCCCACAUGGCCAUGACUCUUCAGUGGGCCCCCAGCCCGGCGCUGGCCCCCAGGGCCAGGGGCAAGACUAUAGGUCCCAGCAGGCAACAGCUGCCCCCCAGGACUCAGACAGAAAAUAAAUAUAUAUAAUAUACUUGCAAACAACAGAACUUUCUAAAAAGUUAGUUCCUAUUAAAGCAUCAGAAAAUCAAUGUCUUAUGUUUCUUGUCUGAAAUGUAAUAGACUUGAAGAGGAGUAGUACUGAGGCUUGUUACUCUGCAAGAGGUCCUAUUGUGCAAUAACAUUUCUAUUGUGUGACUGAGCUUUUUUUAAAAGGUUAUUAUGUUGAUUUUUGUAUUCAUUUCACAAUGUUAUCAUGGUUUCCUGUGGAAAUUAUUAUUAAAAAGAAAUGGACCCCAAGCUUUUGGGUUGCUUGAUCAAUCAUUUCAGAAGUACCAUAUUAUCUGAGCUCUUCCCAAAACUCUCUUCAGAAUGAACUGAAAGGGAAGGUUGAAAGUCAGAUGUAAUUUACUGUUCUUAGGAUAUUUUAUUAAUAAAACUGGUAAAAGA